AUGACUACGGCGGCGUUGUUCGGCUGUACAGGAGCAGUGGGUUCUCAGAUCCUCGCUACACUCCUCGCGACAGACGCAUUCUCAUCUAUCCAUACUAUCUCGAGGAGAUUCCCAAAUGUUCAGUCUCCCAAGCUCCAAGCCCUCCGGGAAGGCGACAUCUCGAAAUGGGGCGGCAUGAUCUCCUCCCUGUCUCCCAAGCCAUCAGUAGUCUUUAAUGCAGUCGGUACCACAACUGCGUCAGCCGGCGGAAUACAGAAUCAGUGGAAGAUCGACCAUGACUUCUGCAUAGAGAACGCCAAAGCAGCCAAGGAGGCGGGAGUGAAGACGUAUGUGUUCAUCUCCAGUGCAGGGACCAGAGGUUUUCUCUUUGGCUACCUUCCCUACUCGAAGAUGAAGGUUGGCGUCGAGGAUGCCAUCAAGGAGGUCGAUUUCGAGCAUGCGAUUAUCCUGAGGCCAGGUAUGAUUCUCGGAAGGGAGAAGUCUAAAGCUCCGUUCGUACAGCACAUCUUCGAAAACCUAAACAAGCUGGGACAGGGCGUCCAGGAUAAGCUAGGUCAGGACCAAACCAUCAUCGGUAGAGCAGCUGUAGCAGCUGCUCGUAUGGUAGAAGAGGGGAAAGCACCGUCGAAGUAUUGGGUUAUGCAACAGGCUGAUAUUCUAGAGUUUGGCAGGGAUGAGUGGAAGGAGUAA